CCCACCACCAAACAGAUUUACCAGUACUACUACUAGAAUCUUGUCCGAGUUGACUCGGUCCUUCUCGACCCCCCUCUUUUUCCCUUCCCUCUGCGUUUUCUUCACUCGGUUAGGUGGCUAUUCCCAUCCCUCGAUAGAGGCUUUGAAGCAGAUGGGGGUUGCUGGUGAGAAAGAAGGAAUCAGUGACCGAAUAUCAAUUGAAGCCAUUGGCCUUGGUUUUCUGCAAUUUAAUUAAUGCUUGCAUGGGGAGUGGGUGUCAAUGGAAGCAAGCCUUGUGAGCCUUCAAGGUUGGGAGGCGAUGGGAUGCUUUCGGAUGAGCAACGGCAUCAACCUUGUAGCUAUUGAGAUGACGCCGGUGGGGUUUCAAAAGCUGGAUAUGCUGUCAAUUGGUUUGGAAGGAGGGUGGCAGCCGGCAAGUGCUCUGAUAGUUGAUACGUUCCCGAAAAAUCAAGAGCUGUUGAAGAUGGGUGCAAAUUUGGAUUCAAUUAGCUUUUAUGGGAGUUGGUAUCAGUAAAGGUGGACAGAAAUUAAGAUCUACUAUUAUAAAAGAUUAUGUUUUCUUUUGUAAGACCGCUUCAAUAAGAGCAGUUCUCACUU